AUGCUUCUUCGACCAACACCGACGCUGCACCUUCGCGCGACCAGUCCGUCGCCGCCGUGCACGACCGCCGUCCCGGACAAGUUCGGCCACGUCCCUCCCGAGUCCUGCAACGCAAACUACGGAUUCUACCCCCAAUGGCAAGACAAUCUCGUCUUUGCUGCUCUUUUCGGUCUGGUGACGGCGGCGCACCUAGCGCAAGCGAUUAGGUUUUGCUGGGUCAUCAUCAUGGGCGCUUCCUGGGAGUGCAUCUGCUUCGUCCUUCGAACUCUCGGCGCACGCGACCAGCAAAACUCAACCUACGUGAUGCUGUCUACACUCAUCUUCCUUCUGGCACCACUGUGGAUUAAUGCCUUUGUCUACAUGGUUGUAGCUCGGCUCGUCUAUUUUCUUGAUGCCGCCAAGCGGGUUCUGCGCAUCCGGGCGACUUGGCUCGCCCAGGGCUUCGUGUCGGCCGACGUGGUGUGCUUUGCGGUCCAGGCCGUCGGAGGCGCGCUCAUGGCGGGCGGCCAAAACAAUCCGAAAAACGCCAAUCUCGGCAAGACAAUCUACAUGGUGGGCUGCAGCAUCCAGCUCGCAUGCGUCGUCGUCUUUGUGUUUGUGGUGGCCGCCUUCCAUCGCACCGUGCUGCGCGACCGUCGAGCAGGCACAGCCAAGACGCGCAAUCGCAGGAUCCAGCCGCUGUUUUGGGAACGCAUCAUCUUCCGCUUGGUCGAGUUUAGUCGCGGAGCGGACAGCUCGAACCCGCUGCUCCGACGAGAAUGGUACCAGCUCUACCUGGACGGCUUGCCUAUGCUACUGGCCCUGGCCGCACUGAACCUGGUUCAUCCCGCACUCGUUCUGCAGGGCAAGGACAGCGAAAUGCCGCCUUCCAAGCUGCAGUGCUGGCGCCGCCGACAGUCCAACUUUGGCCCCCUUCCGUUGCACUCAAUCGAAAGCCUAGAGCGGCUUUCGCAGCGGAAUUAG